UGCUGAGAAUCCGUUCUCGUCACACAAAAUCAAAAUCAAAUCGGACUUCGUGAACAGUAUUUAAAUGGGUUGUGCCACGUAUUGUGGUCUAUUAAUAUAUGAACAAACAAAAUAAUAUGACAAUGAUAGAAAUCGGGGUAGUGUGGGCUUUAAAAACGGUUCGAAGAGCGGUGGUGUGGCGAGAACGUGUUCUCGGUCGUUCGCGAAUACAGUAUCGAAUGCGGUGUGAGUACUAUUAAUGUAGACUCGGAGUGCAGUCACAAGAAGUAAGUUACUUGACUGACCAAAUCGGUCAGUUUUGUUUAGAGAUCAAUGCACCCAUGCGUGUCGGGUUUGAACCUUGAACUUUGGACUUUGUCCUGACAGCAUACUUUUGGCAUUUUGAAAUUUUACACAGUAUGACUAUGAGUUUGCUGAUAAAAAAUACACUGAGCCCCAGAGCUGGAAAAGUCCUUGUUGGAAUGUCGUCAAAGAUGAGAAGACCAUCAGGGCGAAUGUUUUCCAUCCAGGAUUCUCUCCCGAGACUCCCUGUUCCUCAGCUUGAUGUAACACUACAGAAAUAUCUACGAUGUAUCACGCCACUGUGUACAGCUGAAGAAUUUAAGAAAACUCAAAAAAUAGUUGAAGAAUUUAGGCGGGAUCCUGGACCUAAACUACAACAGCUGUUGGAGCAGCGAGCUCAGAAGAAUAUCAACUGGCUUUCUGAUUGGUGGAAAAACCUGGCUUACUUGGAGGUUAGAUCGCCCGUACCUAUUAACUCGAAUCCUGGCGUGAUCUUUCCCAGACAAAAUUAUUCGGGCACUGACAGCAUGAUCACGUAUGCAGCUAAGAUUGUGUCUGGUGCACUUGACUAUAAAAAAAUGAUUGAUAGUGGGGAUCUGCCAGUGGAGCAACUUGGUGGAAAACCCCUGUGUAUGAUGCAGUAUUACCAAAUUCUUAAUGGCUGCCGAAUUCCAGGCGAGAAGAUCGAUUCCCAUGUGUGUUUUCCUCCCACAUCAGAGAACCCACCACGUCAUAUUAUAGUCAUACACAAUAACCAGUUCUUUUCACUAGACGUCCACAGCAGUGAUGGAAAACUGUUAAAUGAAGAUCAGCUCCGUAACCAGCUGAAGAACAUUGUGAACCAGUCACAACAGGUGGCACCGGCUCUUGGCAUACUCACAAUGUGGGAUCGACCGAGCUGGGCCAAAACAUACAACAAAAUUAUUCAAGAUAAACACAACAAGAAAUUAAUGGAGGAUAUACAGAGAAGUAUUUUUGUGCUGUGUUUGGACAAGUCGAGGCCAGAUCUAUCUCAAGAAGAAGCCAGAAUCUUUGCAGCUGAACAGAUGUUGCAUGGUGGUGGUAGUCAGUUGAAUUCAGCCAAUCGGUGGUUUGAUAAGACUCUGCAGUUUAUGAUCGGGUCAGAGGGUACGAGUGGUCUAAACUAUGAACACACGACAGCUGAGGGGCCUCCCAUUGCCGCAAUGAUGGACCACAUCCUUACUUACUGUGAGAAGAACACUGGGCCCAGCUCACCUGCUGGGGGUAUGUCUGAUGCGAGAAAACUCGACUUCACAUUAAACAACGACAUCCUAGACGAUAUUGAGAAGGCUAAGGAAGCCACAGAAAAAUUCAUACACAGUGUUAGUGUCAGAGUGUUCACGUACAGUGGAUACGGCAAGAACUUCCCCAAGACGCAGAAGCUGAGUCCCGAUGCCUACAUACAGACAGCACUGCAGCUGGCAUACUUUAGGUUAUAUGGGAAAACGUGUGCUACGUAUGAGUCUGCAUCUUUGCGAAGAUUUCAACUUGGAAGAACCGACACGAUCAGAUCAUGUUCGAUCGAUUCGCUGAACUUCACGCGCGCCAUGGAUGACUCUAGUUUAACCAACAGUGUUAAAGCUGACCUCUUCCGACAGGCAGUCCUUGCACACAGAAAAUACACAGAUGAGACUAUCAAUGGUCGGGGCAUUGAUCGACAUCUACUGGGACUCAAGUUGUCGGCACUAGAGGCGAACCUGGAUGUACCUGAACUGCACAAAGAUCCAAGUUAUUCACAAGCAUUUCAUUUCAAGCUAUCCACGAGUCAGGUGGCGACUCAUCACGAGGGUGUGAUGGUUUUUGGUCCUGUUGUUCCCGAUGGCUAUGGCCUCUGCUACAACCCUCAGGAAACGAAAAUCCACUUUGGCGUGUCGACUUACACCAGCUGCCCCGACACUGACAGCAACAAACUUGGGGUCGCUCUGAUGAAAUCAUUCGAUGACUUGCGAGACUUGCUGGCCAGCACUCCUCAAGCCAAGCUGUAGAAACCGGUGUUCGAGAAAUCCUGUGUUACUGUAAUACAAAGGGCACUAGCCAAACCUUCCGUGAGAGCUAGUGACUUUCUCAACAUUUGUCAAACACUGGGAAACCCAUGACCAGGGUUUAUAAGCUGUUGUUCGCCUUACCACAAAAUGAAAAUUAAACUUAAUUUGGCAAAUGUAUGUCAGUAUUUAUUAGCUAUGCAAGUUGUGUGUAGAUCUACCUCUGUUUUGUUGGUUUACUAAUUUUGACUGUUUUGUAUGCACUUUUUUCUUUUAUUACAUCAUGGUGGAAGAGAUAGCAUGAGAUAUUUUCCAUAAACCACAUUGGGAGUUACACCUUUAGAGAGGUCAUGACCUCCGAUCAGCUGAUCCACUGUGCAAGACUGUAUGACUCGGUGUAGUGUAGCGCUAAAGGUGUACAUACUUUUCUUUCGACUCAUACUUGCAUAAACGGAAAAAUACUUGCAAUCUGCUCUUAUAAUCAAAUUUAACAAAAUAUAUGUUUGAAUACCUUUUUUUUGCAAUGAAUAUGUUUAUAUUUGUUCUGUACUCUUCAUUCAGAAAUUUGUGAACCAUUAGACUUAUGACACAACAACUUUAGUGACAAUAAGUUGUUAAUUCGGACAUUAAAUGAAUUAUAUUUGGUACUUUAAUUUGGCUACUGUAGAUUUUGUCUGCAGCCAUAUUCCUAACUUUCAGUAUUAAAAUGCUCUACACUGGCUUAGGAAAGUGGUGGUGGGGGCACAUGUGCCCCCCUUACUUUUGGCACCUUCCUACGCCUGUGCUCUAUUUUGCAAUGUUCUUUCCUGUUUCAUCCUUUCUACUGGAUUUGUUUUGCAUAGACAUGUAAGAUGGAGAGGGGCCCGGGGUGUUAGUGUGGUUAGCUGCUCGGUUUCUUGAAAUUUUGGGGAAUUUUCAGGCAGAAAUUCCAUUGAUGAAUUUUAUGGGUUGUUUUGGGGACCCCCCCCCCCCCCCC